GGAACGUCCUCGCUGCUUUCCUGACAUUGAAACCCUAAUGUUCACAGGCUAUAGGGAAUCCGAGGUAAUAGUUAGCCGGCUGUUUCUUCUCAUUGACUGCUUGUUCUUGUCCAAGAUUAAAAGUACUUGGCUUUGAUUUACUUUUUUCUUUUCCUGUUGUGUUUUGCUGAACUAGGCAGCAGAUACCCGCGCCGCGGAAACCAUCGACUACUGCCCUCAAGUGGGACGGCGCAACAAGCGACAGACGCAAAAGACGAAGAACGGCAAAAAAGACCGACUCGGAUGCUGCAUCUCGUAAAAUGGUAGCCAAGGGCAUCGACAUGGAGGCAUUGUCUCCGAGAGAUGCUAAUGCCCAGCGCCCGCAGAGGGUCAAUGACUUGAAGACCAAAGCUGCGGCACAGCUCAAGGCCAACAAGGAGAAGGAACACCCGCCGCCGCCGCCACCACACGUAACCGAGCCGCCAAGCAACGACUGCAAAGAUGGUAACGUCUACCAGGUCGGCAAGCUGCUGGGCAAGGGUGGCUUCGCCGUUUGCUACGAGGGCCAGCUCCCCGGAACACGGAAAAGGUUUGCUCUCAAGAUCGUCAAGAGCAAGAUGCCCAGCAAGAUGGAGCAGAAGUUCCAAACUGAGUUGCAAAUACACUCCAAAAUGCGACAGGUCAACAUUGUCCAGUUCUACCGCGCAUUCUCUUUUGAGAGCUCCACCUACCUUGUGCUGGAGCUGUGUCCCAACGGGUCUCUGAUGGAUAUGGUCAAGCGCCGCAAGGGAGUCACCGAGGCAGAGGUUCGCUUCUACGCUGUUCAGAUCGCCGGCGCCAUCAAGUACAUGCACUCCAAGGGAAUCAUCCACCGUGACUUGAAGAUGGGGAACAUCUUCCUCGACAGGCAAAUGAACGCAAAGAUUGGUGACUUUGGCCUGGCUGCGCUACUGGUUACGGGCAGAGAUAUGCAAACCAUCCGAAGGACGACGCUCUGCGGAACACCAAACUAUAUUGCCCCCGAGAUCCUGGAGAAGGGUCGAAAGGGACAUGACCACAACGUUGACAUCUGGAGCUUGGGAGUGAUAGUGUUUGCUAUGCUGACUUCGAAACCGCCUUUCCAAUCUACCACAACGGACGAGAUCUACCGACGCGCACGGGAACGAGAUUAUGAGUGGCCAACUAUGGAAAGCUUAAACAGGAUAAUCAGCAAAGAGGCUAAGGAUCUCGUUGCAACUAUGCUCGAAGAUGCAGACAGGAGGCCUGACCCAGACAGCAUCGUUCAGCACCCAUUCUUCCUAGCUGGUUACAUGCCUUCGUCAGACGACAUGACCCCGAAGCUGCGGGAAUAUCCUCCGGACAACGAGUGCUUCUAUAAUUAUCCCCGCAAUGAGGAAGAGGAGGUCGAGAACCUGUUAGCUCUCAAGGAGAUGUGCAAAUCCUGCGAGGUGGGACCGUGGAACGAGAUGCAGGUGGUACACCGUCCAGUAUGGAGGGAGAUGGCCGCUGAGGAGAAGGCAGGCCUGACUCCCAUUAUUCCGUUGGAAGAAGGCAUUGUCUACCGACCCUUUGACGAGGUUGCCAAGGAGAUUAGAGCACAGCAGAAGUUUGCACCUCAGAACUCGACUUCCCAGGCCAGACCAAAGUCGGAGGAGCCCAGCCAGGCUCCCCGGAAUCCUCUUCCAGACUCAGCAAAGCCACUACCUCAGAGCUUUGCGGCUCAGCAACGGGCUCAGGGAAGGACCGCCAAAGCUCCGGGCACCAUUCGACUUCAGGAUAUGCGGGAAGCCACUGCCAAACAGCCCAGUACUGUGCGCAGCAGAGCAAAGAAGGAGGCAGAUGUCGUGGUAUCUGUAGCACCGGUAGACGUCCCACCAGAGACGUUGUCUAGCAUUCCUAGGAGUGUGUCGGGCCAGUCGCUCCCAGCGCGCGAGCAAACCCUCACCCUGCGUGGCACCACGCGAUCAUCCAGGCCACAGCUCACAAGCAGCCGGACUGAGCCCAUUCUCCGAAAAGCUAGCGGUGAUUCGGAUGUGCAACCUGCAGCAACACGCCGAAGUGCCACACCACCUGCAGCAACACAGAGCAAUGACCAGGUUAGCUUGUUCAACCCUUUGGAACUUCGAGAGAAGGUCCCAGAGACGAGACCCGACCUCGUUUUGGAUCGUCUCAGGAAACUACAGGCCGAGCUGGAGCGGGCUCUCAAUUCACGAUCGAUGGCGUACGUCUCGACGCGAGAGAAGACGCCGUCACCGCCGCACAUAGUGGUUAAGUGGGUUGACUAUACCAACAAAUUCGGCCUCGGUUACAUCCUGAGCGAUGGCACCAUUGGCUGCAUCUUGAGGCAGAUGCCAACCAACGACGGCGCCAAGUCCCCGAUGUUGCCGCCAGCCUGUCUCUUGGUCCACGAUGGUGAACGCCACAUACGAAGAAAGAACGAUUUGUCGUACCCAGACCGCCAUCAAAUCCUGCCUAUGGGAGAAAGCAUCUACUUCUACGAAAACUAUGGGGAGGACGGCCUGUCACGGGUACGGGUAGACCCACGGAACUUCAAAGUUCCUGUUGGUCCCGACGGGGUUGCUGCCAAGCUUUCGGCAGGCAAAGACGUCUUCGACCAUCGUAAGCGUGAGCGAAUCGUGCUUUGGAAAAAAUUUGCCAACUACAUGCUUGCGUACGGGCGCGAACUCGAGGGCGAAGGUGACGAGGCUCCUAUCCCGAUACCAAAGAUGACCGACCUCACGGCCGCUCCGAGCGACCUGGUCACAUUUUACCAACGUUUUGGUGACGUCGGCUGCUGGCACUUUAGCGAUGGUCAUGUCCAGUUCAACUUCCCUGACCAUACCAAAAUUGUGCUGGAUUCCACAGGCACUUGGUGCCACUUCUGGCACCUGCCCGAGGAUGCUGCCAACAACCUGGCUACCGAAGGCACCCUCGACGAGUCAUCCUUGGACGCGCGGAGUGUCCUCUCUUACCCUCUCCAGACCCUGCUGAACUUCACCGUUCCUUCUAAGGCGACUUCGCGUACCGCCAACGCUUCUCGAUGCCGCCCCGAGAUCCCGGCCGAGCUGCAGAGCAUUCCCAGUGCCAACGACUUCCGGCGCAAGAUUGAUUUCAUCAAGAACGUGGUCAAGGAGUGGGUGGUAAACGGCGGGAUCGGAAACAGCGACAUGUCGCGCGACCGCCGUAUCCGCUGGGCUGGCUACCGUGAGACCAAGACCACCCAGGGCCCGCUCAAGCACGUCUGGGUGACUAUAGGGUCACGGCGUGGCGAUGAGCGUUACACCACAAUGUGGGAUCCGCGCAAGCCCAACGAGUUUGGCCCCGAUAUUGACGACACCAAGAAGCCAUAGGGCGAAUAGUCUUUGGGCUCGCCGCAGCUUGGCUGUUUGUUUUAUCCUUUUGGAGAUGCAUACCACAUACAUUUGGGCGUUCACCCCCUACUGUCACAGUAGGGGGGAUUUUUUCCUCUUUCCUUUUCAGCACCGGCAUCGUCUCUUGUUGUUCGUUUGACGCUUGACGAUUCCCCUCUCAUGAUUCAUGACGGCGCAUCUUUCUGUUGGCAUACUUGAUAUAAUUUUUUCAUCCAUUGUUACUGUUUUUUAAUCAUAUAUUAUUUUCUUCUCCUUACUGUCGCUGGUCCUUCGUAUUUUCUCACGCUAGAAACCUAGCACGAAGCACGCCAAGCGCAGCAUAUACUCAAUUCGAAGUCACGUCCGCACUCGUGAACCAGGCCCAGUCCAGUCAACCUUUGCUCGUAGAUGGGGAGGCAACACUUGCUUGACUUGGCCUUGUUUCGAAAAUUUAGACCGGUUGGAAACUGCAGUAACAAGGUCACGAGUCUAGUACCAAACGUCUCUCGUGUGUGUGUGUGUGUGUGCAUAACAAGUAUCCGAUAAUUUUCGGCUGCAUAAUCCAAUCAGUUAUCACUUGGUUGAAAUAGAGUCCCUGCUAUUGUUUAC